AUGGGCCCUGCGACGCCGGAACCGGGCGCUUCCCCGGCGCAAGCCAGCUCCCGUUGGGAGCACGAAAGCGACGCAGACGAUUCGUCGGAAAGCGAGUUCAAAGACUCUGCCGAGGCGUUUGGGCUGCCCGAAAUCAAGCAAGAAACAGCCAACAAGGUCACGGCGCUCCCCUCGGCGACUGUCGAGGCCCUGUCGCUCCUCGAGGCGCGGCAGCUGGAAAUCUCCAUCCGCUUCGACGCCAAGGACGAGGGCCAGCGGCGCGCCAUCAGCACCGGCGUGGAGAGCGUGCGCAAGACGUACCGCGACAUCCGCAGCGCCAUCGGCCACUUGCCCGUGGAGCUCCUGCGGGGCGAGCACGUGGACUGGGGCUUGUGGGACCGGGUCGUCGAGGACUACCAUGACACGGUCUUGCACGAGCAGCAGCAGCUCGCGCGGGCCGUGGCCGGCGGCAUUCCCGAGGAGGUGCGGGGCAUCGUGUGGCAGUUGGUGGCGCGGUCCAAGAGCUUGCCGCUCGAGGAGUUGUUCAUGCACUUGAAGACCGAGCCGUGCGUGCACGAGAGGGCCAUCAAGCGGGACCUCACGCGCACGUCGUUCUUCGCCGCCGUCGAGGCGGCCGGCAAGGCGCGCGAGCUCUACGACGUGGUGCUGGCGUACGCCAACUUCGACCCGGACGUCGGGUACACGCAGGGCAUGGUCUUCAUUGCCGUGCCGUUGGUCAUGAACAUGGCCGGCAGCGAGGCCUUCUGCUUGCUCGUCUCGCUCAUGAAGGACUACGGGCUCCGCGAGCUCUUCUGCCCCGAGAUGCGCGGCUUGCACUUGUUGCUCCACCAGUUCGACCGGCUCUUGGCCGUGCACCGGCCGCUCUUGUACAACCACUUGUUGCGCCAGGGCGUCCGCCUGUCCAUGUACGCGUCGCAGUGGUUCCUCACGUUCUUCAGCUACAAGUUCCCGUUGCCCGUGGUGUUGCGCGUCUUCGACAUGGUCAUCACCCAGGGCAUGGAGGCCGUGUUGCGCCUUGCGCUCAACCUCAUGCUCCAGAACGAGCCGUUCUUGCUCCCGCUUCCCUUCGACCGGCUCUUGGACUUCUUGAAGGACCGCCUCUUCAACGUGUACGCGGGCGACGGCCGCGAGCCUGCCGACGACGCCCCGGUGAACCGCCGCUUUCUGAUUCUCGCCCGCCGGCCCGCGGCCAGGUCCCUGCCGCCGUACGACUUGGACGCGUUCAUCCGCGACUCCAUGCAGAUCGACGUCAGCCCGUUGGACCUUGCGCGGUGGAAGGCCGAGUUCGACCUGCUCCUCUCGCAGGACUCCCGCCGGGCCGCUGACAUCAACACGCUCCGGGCGCAGAACGGGUGCCUCCGCCACGAAGUCAAGGCUGUGGAGAUCCAGACCCACGCCCUCCGCCACGACCACCUCGCCUCCGUGCAGAGCCUUGUGGACGUGAAGAUCGCGUUGCCCGAGCUCCAAGGAGACGUGGACGAGCUCGCGUCGCAGGUCGCUUCGCUCGAGGCAAGCAUCCACAGAAUGGAGCUCAGGGUCGGCGCCGGCCACGCAGACAUCCCGCAAGACAUCGACGCCCGCAUCCAGGAGCUUUUGGCCCAGAACGCCCAAGAAACAGAGAGGUUGUCCAGCCUAGAGGACCAGCUAGGCGAGUUGUGUCUACAAGAGGAGGCGUUGGCAGCCGAGUUGAAGAAAAGCAAGAAGUGGUUCUGGAAGCACUAG